AUAAUUUUGUAAAUGUUAAUCGUAAAGAAUGUGAUUUUCUCAGUUAAUUAUGUAGUUCUGUUUACAAAGUGGAAUGUGAAUAUUUCCUUAAUUAACGAGUGUAUUCACUAGUUCAAAUAUUGAGCAGUGAUACUUUACAGUGGAAUAGUCUAGUAAAGUUAUGGAAAGAAAUACUAAUGUUUUUAAAUUUCAAGGGUCUAAAAUGAUUGUUUCAGGCAAAGGUCCAAACACUAACUUCACCAACAAAACCUUCACCAUGGACACAAGUUUUCGUCCCAACCUGUUCUCAUCUACCUUGAAUUUGCCACGAAAUUUUGAAAAGCAAAGUUCUGCAGCAUCAGUGGCCAGCAGCCAACGGAGUUUAUACUAUAGACGAGAUACCUCUCCCACUGAUUCUGGCCGUAGUGACUUGCAGCCGCGAAAUUUCUACCAACCUUUCCAUUCAAGAGGCUUUUCUCAACGAUCAGUGUACAAUGACAGACCAGUGUCACCAGUCUCAGUGAGAAGUAUUGAUUCAACAGCCAGUCGGGCAGAUACAGUCAAAUCUUGUAUUGAUACAAUAAAUCAAUGUACUAAAGAAGAAUUGAAAAUGAUUAAACAUUUAGUGGAUAGAAAACUUGAAUAUAAGAAAAAAGCACAAAAGAGGCGGAAAAUGCAGAUGUCCGUAAAUAAUUUCCAAAAUAGGUAUGAGGAUGACGGUGAGCAAGGAUCAAGCUCAUCAAUCGGCAAUGAUGACUGUGUGUCGACACGGACGGGAUACAGCUGGAGACAGUUCUCACAAAGAAAUGGUGUACUCCCAAAUGAGAACACUUUGUACCCCCAGAAUAAUACAAUGUGUGGUCCUAGAAAUACCUUCUUCUCUCAAAGGUACACAAGUGGCCAAGCAAAUAUUUCUUCCAUGCAUAGAAACACUCUUAAUGCCUCCAUAUGUUCGACUAAAAGCAUGCAAAAUAUGACAAUGAUGUCUCAAAGAUAUCCCUUACCUGCCUAUCGGUUCGGGGGUGGAUUUCAAUUCCCAUCUCAAAAGUUUAACAGGUCUACACUUUAUGAGGAGCAACAGCAAGUUAAAAGCAAGCAGGUUCCAAAGGCAGAUUGUGCUAAUAAAAAGAUGAAUGUACAAAGAGAUCAGAUUGAUGAACUGAGUGAUGAAAAUGACAACAUAUUCCUGGAUACAACAGAAAAACAAAAAGCAGUGGCAAAGAAAAGUGGAAAGAGAAAAGCUGAAAGUUUAGGAGACAUACCAAAUCUUACUACAAAGAAACCAAAAACUUGUUCAAGUAAUGACAAAGUUAAGAAGCAAACACAAAAUAUAGAUAACAAUGAAAAGAAUGAGUUUGAAUUUGUGAAGCCACAAUUUCCUGUCAAGAAGUCUGCCCCUGCUAGGCUUCGUGAGAAAAUGAUCUCAAAAUCUACUGGCAUUCCAGACCUACUUUGUAGUACUCUAGAGAAUGAAAUCCCGCAACCCCAGCCAGUACGAGCUCCUAGCCCAGAGCCACACAUAGAACCUGAACAAGAUAACCCAGAGCUGACUACCAGUGACAUGUCCAUGAGGCCCAGCUUUAUGAAAAGAAAAUUAUUUACCCAGACACUUGAUGUCACUGAGAGAAAAAAUAAUAGCUUUGAUAGUGGUCGAGCGGACAGUCCACAAAGCAAUAUCUAUAGUGCAUUGUCUAGAGAAAAACAUAAGACAAGAAAAUUGGUCACCAGCCAGUCCCUUUUAAGUCGUGAUGUUUAUCAAGAUGACGAUAAUCUCUUAGAUUUGAUUCAUAAGAUUGUCCCUCCAAAUCAAGUUAAUUCAACUAUAACAGCUAACACCACCAAACCAAGGGUCAGUGGGACUAAGAAUGGUGAUGAUAAAUGGGAUGUUACUUCAAUUAUAUCAACACGUAAUAAUGACAGUGUCAGUGAAACUUACACAGAUGAUGAAAUAUUCAGAGUUAGUAUUAAUGAUACAAAGAGUAAACCACAAGAAAAACCUGUGUCCAAAAAAAAUAUACAAGAGGGGGAAAAUAAUGUUGCGAAUAAACCUGCAAAUAAUGUGAAUGCGAUAAAUGACAAAAGUGUCAAAGAUGUUUGUAACACAAAUAGCAGAAAUGUAGGCAACAUGAAGCCUCCAAGUGAUAGAAAUGUUAAAAGCCGUAGUAAUGCAAAUCAAAUAAAUGUUAACAAUACUAAAGAUGUUGGUAAUAUAAAAACAACAAAUAAUAAAAAUAUCAAAGAUCUAGAGGAAAGUAAACUGGCAAAUAAUAAAAAUGUCAAAGAUGUUGGUAAUAAGAAAAGAGCAAAUAAUAAAAAUAUCAAAGAUGUUGAUGAAAUAAAGCUGACAAAUAAUAGAAUUGUCAAAGAUGUUGGUGAUGAAAAACUAUUAAAUAGCAAAGUUGUUGUAAUUAGGAAUCCCCUAAGUAAUGAAAAAUGUAAAGACCUAGAUGAUAAGCAUAACACAAAUAAUAAAAACAACAAAGAUGUUAAGAGAAUGCUUCAAGCAGCUCCCAGAAUGGAUAGUCCUGUGAAACCUUGUCCCGCGAAGAGGGUCAUGCUGAGCCGCAGCCGUAUCGACGCGUUCUGGGACACGGACGAAAGCGACCACGAGUGUGCCGAGCGGCGCCAUUUGUCCCCGAUGCAGGUGCACCACCACACAGACUUGACACAGAAUUACGGAGUCAAUCCCAAGCAAAGUGGCCCCGACACCCAACCGACUUCAACAACGAAAGUAACAAAAACUAACAAAAUUCCUUUAUUAGUGUUGCAGGACAUAGAGAAAAUCCCGAAAAAGCAAACAAGCAAAAGAUUAACAAAUAAAAUUCAAUCAAAAACAAAGAAGAAGUCUGAUGAUAAGUCUCAACCUGAAAAAAUAACGACGGUACAAAAUAAUAACGAAACAUCAAACACAUCACUGAGGUCAAGAAGACUAAAAAACCUAUCAGCUGCGUUGGAAUCCGCGAAUAAUUCAGAUCUUAAAGAAAAUGAUACUUCAAUUAAAGAAAACAUACCAACUAAAGCAAAAGUUCAAAAGAAACAAAAGACGGCGAAGAAAGCAACACAGGAGAAUAAUAAUAAGACUAAAGCGACCGAAAUCACAAAAAAAAGAAAUAAAAAAGAAAAUCACAGUUUAAUAGAAAACUCUAAAAAACGAGUGGAAACCCCAAAACGCCCUAAUAAAACUUCUAAAGUACAAAAACCAGCUAAUCAAAUGAAAAUGGAUAUUUGUAAAGUUUUAAGAUCACGCAACAUUGACCUGUCAUCUUCGUUUAAUUCUGACAAAUUUGAACUAACAAUGACCCGUACAAGAAAAUCUCGAGCGCCAAGCAAAAGAAUUUCUUUCAAUAAGUCGAAAAAUAUGCUGGCCAACGACAAAAUCAGAAAUAGAGCAACCAAGACGUGAGGUACACACACGAAUUGAAUCACUUAACUUCAAACUCGGGUAAAUCCAUCUGACAGAUUAUGCUAUUUUGGUAUUAAUAAAAGGUAAUAGGGUAAGUAGAUAUUUGUUGAGAGGGUCGAAUAGAUUUACCUGAGUUUUAAAGUUAAGCGACACAUUUAUAACUAGUUUUUUUUUACAUAAUUAACGUUCCAUCCGCGCUGAAACUUUUUCAAACGGCGUUGUCUUUAUUACAACCAUUAAAUGAAAGUUGCAGAUUUUAAAUUAGAUGAACUUCGUGUUUUUAGGGUUCCGUACCCAAAAGCUAAAAACGGGACCCUAUUACUACGACUCCACUGUCCAUCUGUUUGUCACCAGGCUGUAUUUCAUGAACCGUGAUAGCUAGACAGUUGAAAUUUUCACAGAUGAUGUGUUUUUGUUGCCGCUAUAAAAACAAACAUACAGUCCGUUAACUGAGAACGACCUUCGAAUUUUAGAAAGAUACAUCGGGUAUCGGCGGUAACACGCGAAGGUGAUACUGCUGUUCUGCUUUCUUAUUAAGAGCGCUAUUACAUUUCGGCGUUGAGCGAGUUUAGGUAUUUUACGCGCUGCGGCGGGCUGUGCGAGCUCAGUAUGCCGAUCCCUUCUACCACGUUUUCCCUCUCGCUCGCACUACAAUGACGGAUUAAAUAAUCUUGAUCCUUCGUGAAGCAUACUGAAAACUAUUAUAACGACACUAACUGUACUUAAAUUUUAAAAUCCUAAUUAUUGUUAUUUGGUACGAAAAUACUAAAUCCAGUGCAAAUGUACUUACUUUUGUAUUAUAAAAGAAUUAUUUUAUACUAGAAAGAAAUUAUACUCGCUUGUUUACAUGUUUCGUCAUUACAUUUGGUACAGGUACAGGGUAACCGUACCGCUUGGGUAGCGAAACUAUUUUAGCUAUAUGUAGCAGUGUUGGCCGUAAUUGUUAAUUUUAAUUAACCAUUGAUCAAUUGCAUUAACCAUUAGUUCCGCCAUUAACCAAUUGCAUUACGCACCAAUUGCAUUAAAGUUAAUUCGAAUUAAAUUUUUGAGACGUUA